CUUUGACUCAAAAACGGUGUUGUGUAUGUAUGUGCAUCACUUUCUGCCUUUCCGUUUGCAUGCUUUGACUUGGGCCCACAUUCUGCUGAACUCACUGCACCACUGCACGCCACCUUCUCUUCUCUCACUCCAACUCCAUCAAUAAAGCUAGAAAAGAAACCCCCCAAAAGAAAAAAAAUUAAAAUAAAAACAAUUGAAAAAAAUAAAAGGAAAACACAUCAAAAGCUAUAAUCCCAAGCUCUUUUCUUUUUUAAAAACAAAAGUACACAAAAGUUUGGCAUUUUGACAAAGAUUUUCAAGAAUCUUUCUCCCUUCUCUCUUAUAGUCCUAUCUGCUUUUUUUUUUUUUUUCUCCCCCACUUUUUUGACAUGAGAUUGAGACCAGCUUUUCGAAACAACAACCCAUUUGGUUUUUUUCUUUUAUAAUAAGUCCCUUGUUGAUACUUAAUAGUAAUAAUGGCUUGGUGUUGCUGGUGGGUUGGCUUUCAUGCGUAAAAAUUUGAUCUUUUACUUAAAUGAAGUUCCAAGAUAGGGCCUUUGCUGAUGUUGGUUUGUAUGGAUGAUCAAUUUUUCAAGCUUGAUGGACAGAAAGACUACUGGGGUUUGUGUUUUGGUGUGGAUGAUCCUGGUUGUGCACCCUUUUUCAAGGAUCUCCGCCAAUAUGGAAGGUGAUGCUUUGCACAACCUCCGAACAAAUUUACUAGAUCCUAACAAUGUGCUGCAGAGCUGGGAUCCUACCCUUGUUAAUCCUUGUACCUGGUUUCAUGUUACCUGCAACAAUGAAAAUAGUGUUAUCAGAGUUGACCUUGGAAAUGCAGCACUAUCUGGUCAAUUGGUUCCACAGCUUGGCCAGCUUAAGAAUUUACAGUACCUGGAACUAUAUGGCAACAAUAUUAGUGGACCAAUUCCUAGUGAUCUUGGGAAUCUAACAAACUUGGUGAGCUUGGACCUUUACUUAAACAGUUUCUCUGGUCCUAUUCCAGACACAUUGGGCAAACUGACGAAACUGCGAUUCCUUCGACUCAACAACAAUAGCCUGUCAGGUCAAAUACCUAUAUCCUUGAUUAAUAUUACUGCGUUGCAAGUCUUGGACUUAUCAAACAAUCGUCUGUCAGGACCUGUACCAGACAAUGGAUCCUUUUCACUAUUUACUCCCAUCAGCUUUGCAAAUAACUUGGCUCUAUGUGGACCAGUUACUGGAAAGCCUUGCCCAGGAUCUCCACCAUUUGCUCCGCCACCACCAUUUGUUCCAACAUCAACUGCUCCAUAUCCUGGAGAAAAUAGCCCCACUGGAGCAAUUGCUGGGGGAGUGGCUGCUGGUGCUGCUUUACUGUUUGCUGCUCCUGCUAUUUGGUUUGCAUAUUGGAAACGAAGGAAGCCACCAGAACAUUUCUUCGAUGUACCUGGUGAGGAAGACCCUGAGGUCCACUUGGGACAGCUUAAAAGGUUUUCUUUACGAGAACUUCAAGUUGCAACAGAUACUUUUAGCAACAAGAACAUUCUGGGCAGGGGUGGAUUUGGUAAAGUGUACAAGGGACGCUUGGCUGAUGGCACUUUGGUGGCUGUAAAAAGACUAAAAGAGGAGAGGACACCAGGAGGGGAAUUGCAGUUUCAAACAGAAGUGGAAAUGAUCAGCAUGGCUGUUCAUCGGAAUCUCUUGCGGCUGCGUGGCUUUUGCAUGACACCAACUGAACGACUGCUUGUUUAUCCGUACAUGGCUAAUGGGAGUGUUGCAUCAUGUCUAAGAGAACGUCCCCCAUCAGAAGCCCCUCUUGAUUGGCCAACAAGGAAGAGAAUUGCACUGGGAUCUGCAAGGGGCCUUUCUUAUUUACAUGAUCAUUGUGAUCCAAAGAUUAUUCAUCGUGAUGUGAAAGCUGCAAAUAUAUUAUUGGAUGAAGAAUUCGAGGCUGUUGUUGGUGACUUUGGGUUGGCUAAAUUGAUGGACUACAAAGAUACCCAUGUUACAACCGCUGUACGGGGGACCAUUGGGCAUAUAGCUCCAGAGUAUCUCUCUACAGGGAAGUCAUCAGAGAAAACUGAUGUUUUUGGUUAUGGGAUCAUGCUUUUAGAGCUGAUCACUGGGCAGAGAGCAUUUGAUCUUGCAAGGCUUGCAAAUGAUGAUGACGUUAUGCUGCUAGAUUGGGUUAAAGCCCUUUUAAAAGAGAAGAAGUUGGAAAUGCUUGUUGAUCCAGACCUGCAGAACAAUUACGUUGACACUGAAGUAGAACAGCUAAUCCAAGUAGCAUUGCUCUGCACCCAAAGCUCCCCGAUGGAACGACCUAAGAUGGCAGAGGUUGUGAGAAUGCUUGAAGGUGAUGGAUUGGCUGAAAGAUGGGAAGAGUGGCAAAAGGUAGAGGUGGUCCGCCAAGAGGUGGAUUUGGCUCCAUCCCGGAGCUCUGAAUGGAUCCUGGACUCGACCGAGAAUCUCCAUGCUGUAGAAUUGUCUGGUCCAAGGUGACACAUCCUGUUCAAUAGAUUAAAAGCAAAAAGAGGAAAGGAAAAAAAGAUCACUCCUUUGCUCUUUCUGAAUGUCCUUCGGGCCUCCUCCCUUUUUCCUGCACUCUCAUACUUCACUAAAGCACUGUAGUCUGUGUCGGAAAACAUAACAAAUAUCAUACUAUGUGCAUAUCAAUGUACUUACCUAAUAGCUAUUGCUUCUGGUCUUUCUUAAUUUUCUAAGAUUUGACAUAGUAAUUCAGACUUCAUCAGCAGAAAUUUGUAUGAUGACCAGUGAAAUUUAUUCUUCUUAUUAUUAUUGUUUCCCCUUGAUUA